AUGCCUUCCGGCCCUCGGCAAUUGACGCUUGAACAACAGAAGUACGGUCAGCUUACCGUGUUUGACUCUUUUGACAGCCCUGUCCUUCGUAUGACAGACAAAAAACCGGAAACUCGGGGCAAAAUCAAAAUCGACAAGAGAGGAAAAUCUACCGUGGCUGCCAGCCCGCCCAUCUUCUGGUUUGAGCAUGAUGCGUCUGACUACGUAAAAACCGCCGAUUAUGCACUUUCAGAUGACUUGGUCACUGCAUACAUCAAGCUUACUUACAUGCCGGCACUCUAUCCCAAAUGCCCACUUUCCUCUGAAGCGGACGUCGUCAGGGCAACGGCAUUAUGGAUUCUACAUCCCAUCAUUUUGACUCUGCAGGAAAUCUUCCAUGGCAAGGAGGUGAAGUGCAGCUCCGAGGACACCAGGGCGGGUGUUCGAUGCGAUACCCUCAUUACCAUUGACAAAAAGGCCGUUUUUGUCAUGGAGUACAAGAGCAGAGGAUACCUGAUCGAAAACGAGUAUCUUGCCGGCCGUCUGGAUCUGCCGAAAGCGCGAGACUCUGCUUCUCUGCGCGCAUUCAGGAGCGCUUACCAAGCCAAAGUCAAAUCGCAAAUGGACAACUUUGAAAAAGAGGAGGAGGUGGCUAGACCUGGAUAUUGGAUUCCCUCGCGACUUGGGCACAAUGCGGCCUGCAUCACGAAGCAAGCACAGGCCUACUCCAGGGGCUUCGGAACGCGAUACAUCGCGUGUUUUGAUUGGGACAAUCUUUUCCUCUGGAACUUUGCCGGCAACACGUGGGCUGGUGGGUUUAGUCAACCGUUUGGCGAGCGCAAAUUUACGAGUGAAACCUGGGCCUGGGGAACUCUCGUUACCGACCGGGCUAGCUUUCGCAAGGUCCUACUCGGCUUCAUCCUCCAGGCAUAUCACGAGUGGCACCCUCAAAAUAGGACGACCAAGGGGCUGGAGCCUUGGGCGCAGACGGAGAAGGAAAUAAGAAUGGAAGCCGCCGCCGCCAGGUCGCUUCAAGCCAGCAUGGCGGCAAACGCGGUUGCGCACCAGAGGAAUCAACGUGACGUGCCGUCGACCGCUGGCAGUGCCACGCAGCGUGUGCCCUCCGGCUCAGACCGCGACCGUUUGCCCAGGUACGACAAUCCUCGCGAUCAGCAGCCGCAAACACCACAGCGGCCUCGACCACCACCGCCGGCUUCGAGUUUGGCCCCUUCUCAGUUGCAGGGCUGCUCGAGCCGUGAUAGGCCAUCGGGGCCCUCGGAUCCGCGACCCUCUUCAGACUACCGUCAAAGUCCGGACCAACGACGCAAUCUGGACCAGCGAGCUCUCUCGGAUCAGCGACAGCCUUCAAACCAGCAGCAACCCUCUUCCGACUACCGGUACCCUGCAGGCCAGGGAUACUCCGCAGGCCAGCGGUAUCCUUCGGAUGAGAGACCUCCUCCGAAUGAUGCCUACUUGGACCGACGUGGACGAGAUUUGCCGAGUUACUUGAUGGCGCCAGACCCACGGCACGGCUCCUCCCGCGAUCGGUCGCUGUCUUCGUCUUCGUCUUCGUCGCACGCGAGGCAGGAUAGCUCCCCGCACCAGCGAUCGGCAGAUUAUCAAGUCCACGGCAGGUCGUCCAGCCGGACGCGUCACCCGGUCGACGAACGCGGCUACGACUACCGGCCGCAGCACGCCACACCGUACCCGGCGGACGACCACGCUGCGCCGAGAUACUCCGACAUGCCCGCCACGCCCUCGAGCUCGCGUCCCAGGCAGUCGCCACCGUCGGCUAGCUCGCAGCAACCAAAGAGGAGUCAGCAGGCGAGAAACGAGCCCAAUCAAUACGGCACUCCGUCGUCAUCUGUUGGCCACCCCUACACCUCGGGCAUAGCGGGCCUGCUUGCGGAGUCGGCAGAGGUCGUGAAUGGAGCACGGCGUACACCCAUGCAGGGGGUGCCGCAGGUGCUAGUUGUGCGAGAGGACUCUCUCGAGAAGGAAGCCGGGCGCACCUCCACUAUCAAGCGUAAUAGAUUCUUUGGGAGGUAG